GUCUGAUGGCCAAUUUAAAAAGACGGCCAGCAAUGCCAAGUUGGUAGUAGUGGGGAAUGGUAAUGGUGUUGGUGGGUAUGGCGAAGGAAAAGACGAAGAAGCGGUUAUGACGAUCAAGAAGGCAACAAAUAAAGCGUUUAGAUUGUUAAAGUAUUUCGAGAGAUAUAAUGACAGGACUGUUUACCAUGACAUUGAGUACAAGUUUGGAGGAACUAGGCUUAAAUUAUUUGCUCGACCACCUGGUACGUGGGUCAUGGAUAGUGGAAGUGAAUGGACAUGA